AGCAGGAGUCAGCUCGAGUAACCCGGAACUGAACCUCGCUGUGAACUGGAAGUUCUUUCAUUUUAGCUGAAGAACGAAAAUUGUCUGCUUAUUUUUCCCACGGUGUGUGUCUGAUGACCAAAACCAUUAAACGAACUCUUAUUUCUGGCCUGAAAGAGGCCGUGCCGCACACGAAGAGACUGGAAACGUAUCUGUUGAACAUUCAUCGUGUAACGUUAGCUGACCAAAACAACUAAACGGAACCGUGUUUUCGGUCCUGAAAGAAGCUUUGCUGUGCCAUUAACUUAGACACUGGAAAUCCAGCUCAGCGUUAGCUGCCUACCAACCUGUGUUAGUGUCGGACUCGUCAAGAAUAUCCCAAAAUACAGGAGCUCAUCAGUUGGAGCAGAGGAAGACAGCAGGAGUUGCAGGGAUUCGAGCAUCGGGCCCUGAGAUGACAUCACAGCAGCCACAGCUCCCCAAUGCUGUUAUUCCUCCCCAGCUUGCCCAGAACUCCUCUGCUCAGCAGGCCCGGCCUCACAUUCAGGCUAAUCAGCUGGACUCAAGUCAUAGUAGUGCAACCACUGGGCCUCUGGACCACAGAGCUCUGACAGGCAGGCCGGGCUGCUCCGGUGUGGCAGCAACCAACGGGGGGGUGGCCAACAGGAACGUUUCUGCGUCCUGCACCAAGUCCAGCUUGUCCAGAAGAGAUGGGGGCUUCGAGCCGUGGCCUGAGGAAGCAGUGGACAACUCCCAUGGGCUGUACUCACUGCACCGCAUGUUUGACAUAGUUGGAGCCCAGUUAACGCACCGGGAUGUCCGGGUACUGUCAUUCCUGUUUGUUGAUGUAAUCGAUGAGUAUGAGCGUGGUGGUAUCAGGAGUGGAAGGGAUUUCCUGCUGGCCCUAGAGCGCCAGGGUCGCUGUGAUGAGACCAACUUCCGACAUGUUCUCCAGCUUCUAAGGAUUAUCACCCGCCAUGACCUGUUGCCUUAUGUCACACUCAGGAAACGACAGGCCGUGUGCCCAGACCCUGUUGACAAGUACCUGGAAGAGACAUCAGUGCGGUACAUUUCACCAAGAGGAGCAGUGCAGAGCAAGGACACUGCAUCUCACAGAAGAACAGGUCCUCAGCCAGUCAUUUGCUGUUCACCGUCAGGACCCCAUGUUGGCCCUCCCCGAACAAAGCCAGCUCCUCCUGUACCAAACCGCAAACGGAGGAGAAGUCAUUCCUCAGCUGACUGCAGAGAGAAGCAAACAUGUGAUAUCCGCCUCCGGGUUCGUGCUGAAUACUGCCAGCAUGAGUCUGCGCUUCAGGGCAACGUCUUCUCCAACAAGCAAGAAGCAGUGGAGCGACAGUUUGAGCGCUUUAACCAGGCCAACACUAUCCUCAAAUCCCGAGACUUGGGCUCCAUCAUCUGUGACAUCAAGUUCUCAGAGCUCACCUACUUGGAUGCCUUCUGGAGGGACUACAUCAAUGGAUCAUUGCUUGAGGCCCUUAAAGGGGUCUUUAUCACAGAUUCAUUAAAACAGGCUGUGGGCCAUGAGGCUAUAAAACUGUUGGUCAAUGUUGAUGAGGAGGACUACCAGGCUGGUCGACGCAAACUGCUCCGUAAUUUGGUCACAAAUGGAGGUAGCCCGCCAGGAUCUAGCAAAGACUCUGUACCUUAGACACACUCUCCAGGUGGAAGAAUACGGGAGGAACGCUGCUGUGCCUCCCCCACGGGGAAUAGAGUGAGAUGUGGUUGUGUCGUUUGAGGUGCCUGAAGUGUGUGCCUGAAAGGAACUAAAGAACUUCUAGCCACCGCAUUGAUUCCUUGAGAGCUAAGGUCAUAGGCUAUCUACUUGGCACCCCUAAGCGUAGCAUGUGAGGUGAUUGGGAACUAUGUUAGCCAAAAGAAGUAGGCGAUGCAUACAGGUUGACAUUAUUUUGAAUGUUAAGCUGCUCAUUUUCUUCAAAGAGGAGAAUGCUGAUUCAUGUGUGCAUUGAAUUUAACUAAUUUCUUGUUUCUGGUAUGUUAGCUCAUUGAAACACAUUUGUUAACUCUAAUGAUACUCUCCACUCCUGUUCAAAAGUGGAUUUAUUUUCAAUACAGGAAACAUGCUUAACGCUGACAAGUUACUCCCAGUGGGAGUUGUACCUUAUUGUCAAACUGGUUCAUCUUUUUUCCAGGUUUUUCAGGUACAUUACAGAUUGAUUGGAUUAACCCAAUGAGAGAGUGUUCUGUAUGUUAUAGAAAGGCGCAGACCGUAGUUGACUUACAUUUUGUUUUCCUAUUUCUUUCAGCUUAUUAUCCUUCUUUCCCAAAACUUUGCAGAGUUUCCUUGUCUGGAAAGAUUAACCCUUCUAGAGCCUUUUUUUUAUUGGCUCAUAUUUGGUCACUGUCGACAUCAUUGUGAAUUGCUUUGUUUUAACUAAUUCUUUGUUUUACAACAUGGCUCAUUACCAGCAGCUGUGAUUCUGGCCUAAUUUGAAAUUGUGUGUCCAGUCACUGCCAAUAUUUAAAACUUUGUGGAUCGUUCUAAUGUGUUGUCGUAUUCCAAUGAAACAUUGAGUCAUUCACUGGUGUUUUAGAUUUGUUUGGAUUUGCAAAUCAGUGCCAGUUUCAUUGUCAGCCUGUACCUCUUGACCUCUGCUCAUUGACCCUGUCACUCAUGUUCAUUCAUAUAUAUAUAUAUAUAUAUAUAUAGAUAUAUAAAUAUAACACUGAACUAUAAAAAAAUUGUAAUGACAAAUAAUAAUAACAAAUCAACAGCAGGUGAAAAUCACAGCCAGUAUGUGUACAGUCAUCUCAAUUGUGCAGGUGGUAAGAUGCCAGAACAAAUUUAAAUAAUUCACAGGGCUUGUGCUUGUUUUUGUGAAAUUAAAGAUAUUUCACCCAGCUAUAGUCAGAACUCACAAGUUAAAUCCUCAGCAGUCCUUUCUGUGGAAAUGUCAUGCCUGCUGGUGGAUGAGGGUGUAGUUGAGUCCACAUACUGAAUGCUAGACUUGACGGCCUGUUGGGCGUGUUGGAGAAACGACUAAGUGUCUUCCUUCCUGUGUCCUUAGCUACAUCCUUCUCCGUCAGGAUGUGUGGCAUCUCCACAGGCAUUCACAAACCGAACUAGGGAUUCUUUUAUUAAGGUUUUGAAACUGAAAAAAAAGCACUGUGUGGACCAACGUAAUAGUAAGGUAUAUAGCAUGUUGAUCCUCUACAAUUUAGUGUGCAGAUCUUAAACAACUUUUACAGUGUAGCCUGAAAUGCUAAUUAACCAAAAUGAGAAUUUAUAUUAAUUUCUUUUUGGUAACCGUGGAAUGAGGUGGAUUAACAGACAUUAGGUUUGGUGUUGACAGUAUUACUGAUUAUAGCUUUAAUUUUAUGCAGUCAUAAAAUACACUCAGUGGCCACUUUAUUAGGCAUACCUUUCUAGUUCAGGAAAGCCCCUGAACAGCCCGAAGUCUUCAUCGCAUGGAUUCAACAAUGUGUUGGAGAUUAGAGAUUCUGCUUCAUGUUGACAUGAUAGCCUCAAGUAAUUUGCUGCAGAUUCUGGGCUGCACAUUCAUUCAACUGGAUUUUUGUUGUCCAGGCUGCAGGAUUCCAACAAGGCUGGUGACAAAAAAAACUCAACUGAUCUGAAAUAAUGUAAUAAAAGAUCGGUAGCUUUUAUGGGCUGGUACACAUUCAUCCCAUAGCGCUUGUUAUUCUGAGUAACUUUAGCCUUUUUAGUUUAUUAUCGUUGCAGUGUCGGCAAGCUUCAGAAACUGUGCACAACAUUAAAAGUUCCUGGCAUACCCAGCCAAGAGUCCGCCCCGUGUGCCAUCGAGCCCCGUGUGGCCAACAGUCGGCAGUAGUUUUUGUGGCGUCUCCCCUUAUCAAUAGCUAAUUGAUCAUGUACUAUUAGAUAUUGAUAAUACAUGAUGCUGGUGAGGGCCCUGGCCAACUGGCAGUUCAGCUUAGUCAGUCACUAAUUUCACCCAUGUAGUGCAGUUCAUCCAUAGUUCUUGCCUCUGCCCUUUGUUUUCUUCUCACAGAGGCAAACCAUUGCAGGCUGACCGUACCAGCAAAGCAAAACUUCUCAUUUCCAGUGCAAUUUUUUCAUAAGAAAUAUAUUCAGAGCAUAUGGCAAAUCUGUUUGGAUUGACAGUGGUAUGAAAAUGGUAGGCUUGUUUUUUUUGUUCAUCUUUACAUUAUACUUUGUGGAUUAGGAAUACAGACUACUACUGCCAAACAAUUUUUUCCUCAUGCAGGUGCAGAAUUUCCAUGCAUGUUGGGGGCCAACUGGCUGUAGGCUGUAGUCUCUGUGCUGUGUUCAAGUGCAACUUUUAGCAAGAAACAUGAGCCCAAAUAAAUCAGGAGGUGUGAAAUCGUCCAAUAUGGAGACAAGUCCUAGGAAUACUGGUCUGAAGUCAAUGGAGUCAAUAUCUAUGUCAAGGGGGCGCCAUAGUCCUACAUUUUCAAAUUCUCCAAAUUGUGGCUUUUCAAAAAGGAAACAAUGGUGUAACAGAACUGGUUAUGACUUAAUGCAAACUCAAAGUACCUUUGUUUGGAAAUGUUUAAUAUCAGUGAUAAUGUAUCAAAGACGAAGUAUAAGCUUAAUGCUGUUUUGUGAGAGAUUACUUUGAUUUUGUAACAGAAGUAGGUUGACUAAAUAGGAGACAAUGUCAUUUGCUAAGAAUUGUCAUUUGAAAUGUCAGUCUCUAAUGCUAAUAUUUGACAUCCAUGAUGGUUUUUCGUUGAACUUUGGGCACAGAGUGGACUGAACCCAGCGGCGAGCGCAGCGCAAAUCACGUUGUGUCUGACAGGGCCUUUACUCAGUGCACAUAGCCAAAUGAUUUACAUUAAAAAAAAAUAUAUGUGCAGGCUCAUACUCGUAGCAGCAAAUGUGUACUUGUCAGCAAAGUAUGGUUUUGAUGCAGUCCUUCACUUUCCAUCUUGAUAUUUUUCCUUGCUGCAUUACAAAUGCACUUCUUAUUCUUUUUUGCCAAAUCUCUGUAAUCAAAUUUGCCUCUGAUUUAAAAAUGUAAUUGAACUCUUGUCUAGCUUUCCAUCAGUUAGUUGGUGGACUGAAAUUCAGCAUUUUGCUUUUAUGUACCCUAUGAAAAAUUCAGUGUAUGUUUUUGCCAAAUAUAUUCUUCCUGCUAAAAAAAAGCCCUAUCUUAUCUCUGCUGUAUCAUACCAUCCAUGGGUACAUAUCAGAACACAUAAGUCAUGACUGACAGGCCACUAUUACUGUGAAUUAUAUAGAGUAGGCCUACAUUUUAUAUUUUUACCCCAGUGGAAUUUCAUGUAAAGGUUGCAAGUUAGUAUCUAUUAUAUAGGUUGGUGUAUGUUAUGUUCAUUGUAUGUUAUGUUAGUUGUUAAAUGCAGCUGUCUCUUACGCAAAAUUGCAUGUAACCUGUUAUGAUCUCCAGAAAUGUCCUAGAAACUCACAGUGCUAACAUUUUGUAAAUAACUUUAUUGGAUGUCAGGUUUUCUUACUUCAAUUUUGCAUUUCUUUCAGAAAACAGACAAGUAGGACUGUUAAUAAAUGAAAUGGAUGGGUUUUGUUGAAGUCCCAGUCCUAAUUUUUUUUUGUUUUUAUGUCACAUGGCACAUAUAAAAACAAAUCUUUUCAGUGGAAAACAGUGUACAAUUUCCAGAUAAGAAAAUAUAGAGGACAUAUUUAAACAAACAGCUUCCUGAUAGAUCUAAUGCUUAUUAUGGGCUACACCAACAUUUUAGAAAUUUGGCCAAAACCUUUUCCUGCUUUGACACACAAACUGUGUAUGAUAAUUUACAUUAGACUGGUCCUGGGUGCAUCUCAUUUCUCUUAUACAUGUGUCCUCAUUCCCUUCACUCGCCUCUUGCUCCUCAGCUCGUCACACUCACGACGUGAGGAAGACAUACAAGGAAGGAGAAAUCCAGGCAGCACAUUUUGUCUGACAAACUAGGCAAACCAAGUUUAUUCAGGACAUGAAUGUUCUUGCAGAGACUUGAAUGUAAUGUAUGUCAGUGUGAAUCACACUCUCUACCACUAUGAUGGUAUUGCUUUCAACACAUACGCUAAAUGAAAUGAUAAAAGAUUUGGUGGUUAGUCCUGUUGACGUGUUGACCAAUAAAAGUAAACUUUGCUGUGUUUCUAUAUGCCAUGGAUACUCUGCAAUCAGUUAAUUUAUUGAUUAUCAGACUGAGCUUUGUCUAACCACUGCUACAGCAGGUCUGCUGUCAGUCAGUAUGAUCCAACUUUGUACAAAAUAGAUUAAACAAAUUUAUGAAAAUA